AUGACUGCCCAACUGCCCGCAGACAUGGCCUGCCCAAGCGACAACAGCUUUGGACCUACUGUUGGUGGCUGUCGCGACGAUUUUGACUUUACAGUUCUCUUCGAACAAACAGUAUUUACGCUUACGCCGUCAUGUUUCUUCAUUCUGCUGAGUCUGCCGGCUCUUGUUGUGAAAGUGCGAGCUCCAGUGGUGGUCCAAGCAGCAUGGUUGCUCCGCCUGAAGCUAAUCUUUACUCUCACCCAUGCCGCUCUACGUCUCUCUAUUGUGGUACUGGACAGUUCAGGCGCCUUCCAGGCUAUCGACAACAAGGCUAUUAGUUCUUCUGCUGCCACCGCUAGCCUCUUUGCCGCCCUCUGUCUCGUGCCGUACUCCUAUAUCAGUAACUCAAGAUCUCUACGACCAUCUCAUAUCAUUGGACUGUACCUUGUGGUUACUGUGCUCCUGGACGUUGCGUCUGCACGUACUGCGUCGCUGAUGCCCCCUUCUACUGUUCGCCCGGCGUACGGCAGACUAUUGAUCGCUGCCACAUGUAUAAAAUUCAUUCUCCUCAUCCUUGAAUCAUGGCAAAAGUCUCGAUGGAUUCUACUUGAUGCGAAGACAAUCUGUCCAGAGGCAAGGAGCUCAUUAUUGAGCCUCGGAGUGUUUGGGUGGCUUUAUAGCCUUUUCUUAAACGGUUACCGGGGUCUACUCUGUCUCGAUACGCUCUAUGUUCUUGAUAAGGACAUGGAAUGCGAGAAGCUGUGGCAGAACUUUCAGCUAGUCCUAGUAAAACACCCUACACGGGGCAAGUGCUACGGCCUUGCAAGAGCACUAGUUCGGACGCUGUACAUUUACAUGAUGCUCCCGGUUGUUCCGCGCCUAGUCCUACUUGGUGCGAGCUUUUGCCAACCCUUUCUGAUCGAUGCUCUUCUCAGCUUCCUUCAACAAGACGUGAGAGACAAAAGCCAUGGCUAUGGACUCAUCUUCGCAACCAUGCUGAUGUAUCUAACUAUGGCAACUUCAGAGACAUUGUAUUGGUACUUGCAAGAACGGUUUGUUGCACGAGUGCGAGGGUGCCUAGUCCAGGCAACAUAUUUCAAAACCACAAACCUUCCGUCUUCCGUCUCUGAAGAUGCCAGCGUGUUGACUCUUAUGAGCACCGACGUUGAGCGCGUAUUGAUUGGCAUUCUCAGCCUCCACGAAUUCUGGGCGAACAUGAUCCAGGCUGGUAUUUCAUGCUGGUUAUUGCAAAAGACUCUUGGCACAGUGUUUGUUGCCCCCGUAAUCGUUGUUUUGGGUUCAACGGGCUUGGUGUUACUUGCUAGUAAGCUCAUUACCCCACGACAACGUGCUUGGAUGGAAGCUAUUCAAGCUCGUGUGGGUGUUACCGCCGAUACAAUUGGACAGAUGAAGAACAUCAAAAUGGCUGGCAUGGCACGGCCUGUAGAGAAGAGUAUCCAAGCCCUCCGUGACAAGGAGAUUGGUAUCGGUGGUCGUUGGCGGAUCAUGAUGGUGUUUUGCUCUACCUUGGCUCAGGCACCAAUGAUUCUAUCUCCUAUUGUUACUCUGGCUUUGACGUCCAAGACUCUCAACACUAUCACUGUGUUUGUUUCCACUUCGUAUAUAAUGAUGUUGGCAUCUCCGCUGCAGGUGAUGUUGCAAAGGAUUCCCCAGCUCGCAAACGGGCUUACUUGCCUGGAACGGAUCCAGCACUUUCUGGAACGAGACGACAGAAACGAUAUGAGGACUUCAGGACACCAAGAGAUUGAAGAACGUCGGUUGCAAACUAUCCCGUCAGAUGAACAAGUGCCAAUGGCUACUAUUGCGCCACUAGCCGACGAUAUGAUAGUUUCUAAUGGCGCUUUCGGUUGGGUCGAGGACGCGCCGCUGUUGCGCAAUGUCAACCUUGUUAUCCCAAAGGGCAAAUUGACCAUCAUUUCUGGACCAGUGGGAAGCGGCAAAUCAACACUCUGCAAAGCCCUCCUUGGUGAAAUUCUAUUCGCUGGUGGACAGGUUAAGAUACCCGGAAACGGCAGCAUUGCAUACUGUGAUCAACAACCAGUCUUAACCAACUCCACUGUCCAAGACAACAUCAUUGGUUUUUCCAAGUUUGAUGAAUUACGAUAUCAGCGAGUUCUACAAGUAACCAUGUUGAAUACGGACCUACUGGCGAUGCCAUUGGGCGAUCAGACAGUUGUUGGCAGCAAGGGAAUUUCUCUUAGUGGUGGGCAAAAGCAACGGUUAUCCAUUGCUCGUGCUAUAUAUGCCACCGGCAUCAAUAGACUGCUGAUUGAUGACUCACUGAGCGGUUUGGACGCAACUACAGCAGAAUAUGUUUUCAACCAUGUAUUUGGCCCCAAUGGGUUCACAACUAGCGAAGGCAAAACUGUUAUCGUGUGCACGCACAAUCAGAAGUUUACUGCCUUUGCACACAGUCUCAUUGAGCUUGACUCAGACGGAAACGUUAGCCAGAUCAGCAGAACCCCUCGGUUGACUUCACCAACUACCAGCAUUACGUCCCAGUCGGACUCUCCUCCGCCUGGCAAGGUCCCUGGACCAUCUGAGGUUCCACUUGCAAUGGCAACGACAACACCCUCCGCGGCAGACCGUGCCCGCAGAACCGGUGACAGAACAGUAUACAAAUAUUACUUUAGUUGUAUUGGCAAAUUUCCACUUGCGGCCUUCUUUAUCUGCGGUAUAUGUUUCGGAUUUCUGGACAACUUUCCCCGUGUCUGGCUCACGCUCUGGACCCAGGAUCUAGACGAAUCCCAUGGUCCGUCCCAUACACAAGGUUAUUACAUUGACAUCUACGGCAUGCUUCAGCUUUUAGGUUGGAUUACAGUUUUUAUGGUAUCUCUCGUGGCAUUAACCACGUUCACGCGGCAGGGAGGCUCGAAGCUACACCGUCAGACGCUGUCAUCGAUUAUCAAUGCCACGCUUCCCCUCUUUACAAAGACAGACAUUGGCAUUUUGAUAAACUACUUCUCACAAGACAUGACUUUUGUUGACGCGCAACUUCCUUCCGCGAUGAUCAAUAUUAUUCUUGAUCUCACUAGUAUCAUUGGUAUGGCUGCGUUGUUAGCAUCUUCGUCUCCUUGGCUGGCGCUUACUUAUCCCGCUCUCUACGGUAUUCUAUGGUUCGUUCAGGACUUUUAUCUACGCACAUCUCGCCAGUUGCGACUUCUGGAUCUUGAAGCCAAAAGCCCUCUUUAUGCAAAUUACCUUUCGACGCUCAAUGGAGUAGCAACGAUCCGUGCGUUUGGCUGGGUUCAAGAUAGCCUAAAGUACAACGCACAACUCGUAGAUCGAUCCCAACGGGCCCGUUACCAGCUUGCUAUGAUUCAAAGAUGGCUACAUCUCACGCUUAGUCUUAUCGUGGCGGUGACAGCUACCUGUUUGGUGGCUCUAAUGACGCGCUUAGGUGCUGGCGCAGCCAUAUCUGGAGCGUCUCUAGUGACCUUGAUGAGGCUCAGCCAGAGUUUGGUUGAUCUUGUGACAUUCUAUGCGUCACUAGAGACAUCUAUCGGAGCUGUCGCACGUUUGCGGGCUUUCAGUCAAAACACAGAAACGGAACCUGUUCCAGAGUCCAAUACCGUAACACCACCAUCUUGGCCGCAGAGGGGUGUCAUUGACAUUCAAAAUAUCUGGGCUAGCUACGAUAGCUCUGGUUCAGACUACUGUCUUGAGAGGCUGCACGUGAACAUAGCCGCAGGCGAGAAGGUUGCCCUGUGUGGAAGGACUGGAAGUGGCAAGUCGUCAUUUCUUUUGCUGUUAUUGGCUCUGUUAGAUCCAUUAGAUCGACCAAAUGAGUCAUCAGGGGUCACUAUUGAUGGACAAGAUAUCACCAAGAUGGACAGGCAGGUGCUGCGUGAGCGCCUUAUCACUAUCCCCCAGGAUCCCAUCUUCUUGCCUCCUGGGAGCACCGCUGCUGAGAAUAUUGAUCCCUUAAAUACCGCGACGCGUGAGCAGUGUGAGGAAGUCAUAUCCCUUGUUGGGCUUUCAUCCGCUGUCGAGGGCUUUGGUGGAUGUGCUAGCGAUAGCUUUCGCAGCUCUGCGCUCAGUUACGGUCAAAGGCAGCUGUUCAGCUUGGCUCGAGCCGUAUUGAAGAAGCGCUUGAAUGGAACCAGCUUGCUCCUCUUGGACGAGUUUACCAGCUCCGUGGACAGUGAGACAGAGCGCAAAAUGAUGAAUAUCAUUAUGCAAGAAUUUGCAAACGAUACCAUCAUCAUGGUGUCUCAUCGUCUUGAUGUCGUCACUGAGCUUUUCGACCGAGUACUGGCAUCGGCGAAUGAUAAAGAAUGAGGAUUUCGGUACUCAUGUCAUUCGUUUCGUUUCGCUUCCUUUGUAGAAUCUCGCGUGCAUCAUGUUUUAGCUGAAUAUUUCAUACUAGUUUCAUUCAACAGAUAUACUACCAAUGCUUGAUAGGAACGCCCACAGCGUCUAUAAGUUUGAUAGCUGAUAAUAUACACAUGGU